AUGGCUGAUGAUAUUGAUAUUGAAGCAAUGCUUGAAGCUCCUUACAAGAAGGAUGAGAACAAAUUGAGCAGUGCCAAUGGCCACGAAGAACGCAGCAAGAAGAGAAAAAAGAGCAAGAGCCGAAGUCGAAGCCAUGACAGGAAGAGGAGCAGAAGCAAGGAACGAAAACGGAGCCGAGAUCGGGAAAGGAAAAAGAGCAGAAGCCGGGAAAGAAAACGGAGCAGAAGCAAAGAACGCAGACGCAGCCGUUCCAGGAGCAGAGAUCGCAGAUUCAGAGGCCGCUAUAGAAGUCCCUAUUCUGGUCCAAAAUUCAACAGUGCCAUCAGAGGGAAGAUUGGUCUGCCUCACAGCAUCAAAUUAAGCAGACGGCGCUCCAGAAGCAAAAGUCCCUUCAGGAAAGACAAGAGCCCUGUUAGAGAACCUAUUGAUAAUCUUACUCCUGAGGAGAGGGAUGCUCGAACAGUAUUCUGCAUGCAGCUGGCUGCAAGAAUUCGACCAAGAGACCUGGAAGAAUUUUUCUCUACAGUAGGGAAGGUUCGGGAUGUGCGAAUGAUUUCAGAUAGGAAUUCCAGGCGUUCAAAGGGAAUUGCAUAUGUUGAAUUCGUUGAUGUUAGUUCAGUGCCACUGGCAAUAGGAUUAACUGGACAGAGAGUCUUGGGUGUACCAAUCAUAGUACAAGCAUCACAGGCAGAGAAAAACAGAGCAGCAGCAAUGGCAAAUAAUCUGCAGAAGGGCAGUGCUGGUCCUAUGAGGCUCUAUGUGGGAUCAUUACACUUCAACAUAACUGAAGAUAUGCUGCGAGGAAUUUUUGAGCCAUUUGGCAGGAUUGAAAGCAUUCAGCUGAUGAUGGACAGUGAAACUGGACGCUCAAAAGGAUAUGGAUUUAUUACGUUCUCAGACUCCGAGUGUGCCAAAAAGGCCUUGGAACAACUCAAUGGAUUUGAGCUGGCUGGUAGGCCAAUGAAAGUUGGGCACGUAACUGAGCGCACUGACGCUUCCAGUGCCAGUUCAUUUUUGGACAGUGAUGAGUUGGAACGGACUGGAAUUGACUUGGGAACAACUGGUCGCCUUCAGUUGAUGGCAAGACUUGCAGAAGGUACUGGUUUGCAGAUUCCCCCAGCUGCACAGCAGGCACUGCAGAUGAGCGGGUCUCUGGCAUUUGGAGCUGUGGCAGAGCUUGCACUGGUGAUCUAUUUGCAAACGAGACUAUCUCAGCAGAAUGAAGGUAAAGUUCUGGCUGCAGCUGCUUCAGUACAACCACUUGCAACACAGUGCUUCCAGCUUUCCAACAUGUUUAAUCCUCAGACUGAAGAAGAAGCUGGCUGGGAUACAGAAAUUAAAGAUGAUGUGAUUGAGGAAUGUAACAAACACGGAGGAGUUAUCCACAUCUAUGUAGACAAAAACUCAGCUCAGGGCAACGUGUACGUCAAAUGUCCUUCGAUCGCCGCUGCCAUUGCAGCUGUAAAUGCGUUGCACGGGAGGUGGUUUGCAGGUAAAAUGAUUACAGCAGCGUAUGUACCUCUUCCAACGUACCAUAGCCUUUUCCCAGACUCUAUGACUGCAACCCAACUACUGGUUCCUGUUCGACGAUGAAGAUGGAUUUAGUCAGUUUUGUACAUAGUUAUUUUUUGGAGGAAGAUUGAGUUAUCUUUUAUUUAGAUAAAACUAAAGGAAAGGAUUUAAUGUCAUUUUGUGUACACUUCCUGCUACCUUUAAAAAUAAAAUGAAGUAAGCAGAAAUGCAGUGUGUUCAUUCUCCCUAACUAGCAUUUCCACUGUAUACAAAGCUGUUGACUUCUUGUUCUGCCUUGUAAUUCUUGUACAUUGACUAAGGUGAUCCAUAGGAACUGAGAAGUAGCUCAUAGAAAACAAGUUCUCUGUAAAAGGCAGAUGGGACAUAAUGACAUUUUUAAUGUUUCACAAAGCCUUUCUUUUAAUGCAGCAAUUACAUUUACACUUCACUAAAUGUAGGUGAUCUGCUAAGGGUUAAUAUCAGAGGUAGACGUUCUGAAGGGACAUAUUUAGUGUUUUGUAUAAAUGGAAGAUUCAACAGGCUACUGAAAGCUGACUCUAGGCAGCCACUCAGCUUGCUUUGUGCUGAAUAAUUGGUAAGAAUUAGAAAGAUUGAAGGGUUUUAUUUCUUGAUGGUAACUUUUGAUUAAUGUAUCUGUAAAAGUUUCUCUGUAAAUACUGUGUGAGGUGUGUCUAAGUUUCCAAACAAAACGAUCUCUGCAUUUCCAGAUAAGUUUCUAUGUCUGCAGUGGGGCACAGCUGAAGGAUUUCAGCCAAGUUUGAAAAUGGGUAGGAAAUACAGACACGUGUUUUGUUCUGGUUGCAUAUAAUCUUUGCUCUUUUUAAGCUCUGUGAGCUCUGAAAUAUAUUUUUGGGUUACUUCAGUGUGUUUGACAAGACAGCUUGAUAUUUCUAUCAAACAAAGACUUUCAUAUUGCAACAAUCUUUGUAAGAACCACUCAAAUAAAAUUCUCUUAAAAAGGCCUUCAUGAA